AUGCAAGCUUUAGUGCCCUCAGACGUGCUGGCAGGCGUCUCCCCAGACCCUUCAGCUUUGGCUUUGAGUGAACAAAGCAGGGUCCCUAAAGUGGAUACUCUGAGGGUCCAAGAAAGUAUGUUGAGAGGGUAUGCUGAUGAUCUGGAAUCUUUCAGGCAGAAGUUCAGGUGGUUUUGUUACUCACAGGAAGAAGGACCCAGAAAAACCCUGAAUCAACUCUGGGAACUCUGCAAGAAGUGGCUGAGACCAGACAUUCACACCAAAGAGCAGAUCUUAGAGCGUUUAGUGUUUGAGCAGUUCCUGAGGGUUUUGCCUGGAGAGAUGAGGAUUUGGGUGAAUUCUCAGCAUCCUGAGAGUAGUGUGGAGGUGGUGACCCUGGUAGAAGAAUUGAACCAAACACUUGAAGAAAAGGAAGAUCUUAGCACUCAGGCUUCUGCAGUUUGCAAAGAGGAGGAUAUGGGAGAGGAUGUGAUGGUGGCAGCUCCUCCAGAUACUGAGCCACGCGAAUCUAUAACAUUUGAGGAUGUGUCUGUGGACUUCACCAGAGGAGAGUGGAAGCUACUGGAACCAUCUCAGAGGGAGCUGUAUAAAGAAGUGCUGCUGGAAAACUUAGGGACCCUAGAAUUUUUGGGCUCUCCGGUUUCCAAACUUGACUUGAUUUCCCAUCUGAAGUGGGUUAAGUUGCCAAGGGUACUGGAAAAAGAAAUCUCAAAAGACCCCAGACCGGGAGAGUCGGUAAAAGAGAGUGAGUCUAGAAGUGAAUUGGAUGCUUUUAUGGACGACUUGACUUUAGAGAAAGCAGUGGACUACUGCUUCAAUGAUGGUGGCUAUGGCUUAAAGACAGAAUUCCUGAGGCGAUAUGGCAAACCCAAGAAAGAUCAUGGCAAACGGAGUAGCCAGGAAAGUAGAGAGUCUGAGUCAGAAGGGACCUCCUCUGGGAAGACUGUCAAGCAAACUUCCAACACACUCAAACAUAAGAAAGCCUCCUUAACAAAGACAUCGAAAAAGUCCAGGAAAUGCAUUCAACGGGAGAAGGACCCACGCUGCCCUGUAUCUCCUAAUGAACGUAAGAGACAUCCUAAAAUUGGUUCUUUGAGUAAGACCGACACGUGUACUAAGUGUGGGGUAGCCUUUACUCAAAUCUUAGGGAAUUGUAUUGAAAGCUCUCAGUGUGAAAAAUGCAGGAAGAAUUUGUUUCAAGAUGAAGCCUCAGGUAAAGACAAGGAACCUGACACUGAAGAACCCAGCAAGUGUAGGAAGUGUGGGAAAGCCUUGGAGCAUGGUAUAAAAUGUUCCAUGUGUACCGAAUGUAGAACUGCACACAAAGCCAGAUCCUCACGCAAGUCACAUAAAAAAACUGACAGAAAAGAAAAGCCUUACAAGUGUGAUGAAUGUGGAAGACGUUUUGCAGAGUUAUCCUUUCUCAAUCAGCAUCAAAGAACCCAUAAUGGAGAGAAGCCCUACCUGUGUAAACACUGUGGGAGACCAUUCAACGACAGUUCGUCAUUUUAUCAACACCAGAGAAUUCACACUGGAGAGAAACCAUAUACAUGUAAGGAGUGUGGGAAAUCCUUUACUCAUAGCUCCUCUCUUUCAAAGCAUCAGAGGAUACACACUGGGGAGAAGCCCUAUAAGUGUAAUGAGUGUGGAAAAGCCUUUAGACAGAAUUCUUGCCUUACUCGACAUCAGAAGAUCCACACUGGAGAAAAACCAUACUUGUGUAAGGACUGUGGGCUGUCUUUCCGUCUUUUUAGUAGUAUCAUGUAUCAUCAGAGACUCCAUGCAGGAGAGAAACCCUACAAAUGUACCCACUGCGAGAAAGCUUUCCCCUCUCAUUCCCGCCUUGGUCGCCAUUUGAGAUGUCACACUGGUGCAAAACCGUACAAAUGUAAAGACUGCGGGAAAACCUUCAGACAGAGCUCGUCGCUUAAUUUACAUGUCCGAACUCAUACUGGAGAGAAGCCCUACAAAUGUGAUUACUGUGGGGCCGCCUUUACUCGGAGCACAAUCCUCAUUGAGCACGUCAAGACUCACACUAACGCACGAUACGAAUGUAAGAAGUGUGGUAAGACAUUUAAAAGCCGUUCAACCAGUCUUAAACAUCACUGUCCACAGUAAUCC